AUGCAGAACCGCGACCCCGAGGAUCGGCCGGCCAACAACGCGCUCGGUGUCGGGCGCGCCAUUCUGGCCAACCGCCUCAGCCACUUCCUCAACAUCCGGGGGCCCAGUGCUACCAUCGAUACGGCCUGCUCGGGCAGCCUAGUGGGGCUGGAUAUGGCGUGCCGCUACUUGUCGACCGGCGAGGUCGACGCCGCCAUCGUCGCCACCAGCAACGUCUAUAUGAGCCCCGAGCACAUGAUCGACGCCGGCAACGUCGGCAGCGCACACUCGCCCACCGCCCUGUGCCACACCUUCGACGUGGCCGCCGACGGCUACGUCAAGGCCGAGGCCGUCAGCACCGUCAUCGUCAAGCGCCUGUCCGAUGCCAUCCGCGACCGGGACCCCAUCCGCGCCGUCGUGCUGGGCACGGCAAACACCAGCAACGGUCGGACCGCGGGCAUCGCCAGCCCCAACUCUGAGGCCCAGGCCCUCGCCAUCCGCCAGGCCUACGCCAACGCCGGCAUCGUCGAUUUUAACCUGACCACCUACCUCGAGUGCCACGGUACGGGCACCCAGGCCGGUGACCCUACCGAGGUGCGCGGCGCGGGCUCCGUCUUUGCGCCCACGCGCCCGGCUGACAAGCCGCUGAUCAUCGGCUCGAUCAAGAGCAACAUCGGACACUCGGAGCCGGCCGCGGGGAUCUCGGGGCUGCUGAAAGCGGUGCUAGCCCUCGAGCACGGCGUGAUCCCGGGGAAUCCCACCUUUAUCAACCCCAGCCCAAAGAUCGACUUUGCCGCCAACGGGGUCAAGGCGUUCCGCAACGCCAUCCCCUGGCCACAAGACGCGCCGCGGCGCGCGAGCGUCAACUCGUUCGGGUAUGGCGGCUCCAACGCGCACGCCAUCGUCGAGCAGGCCGUGCUCGACCGCACCCACCACGUCAAGUCGUACACGGCGGCGGACGAGGAGGCCGAAGAGGAGGAAGAAGAGUACUACGAAACCGACGACAACAACAAGACCGCCGGCCGGCCGCAGGUGGUCGUGCUGUCGGCCAACGACCCGCACUCGCUCAGCGGCAACAUCGCGGCGCUGACCAAGCACCUGCUCAACCCGCGCGUGCGGGUGCGGCUGGCCGACCUAGCCUACACGCUGUCGGAGCGGCGCACGCGCCUGUGGCACCGCGCCUUCCUCACCACGCGCUCGGCCGAGGGCGGCGUCGACGAGAAGGCCUUCGUGGCCGCCAAGAAGGGCGCCCAGCCGCCGCGCGUCGGCUUUGUUUUUACCGGCCAGGGCGCCCAGUGGCCCCAGAUGGGCGCCGAGCUGGUGCGCCUGUUCCCCCGCGCGCGCGAGCUCCUCGAGGAGCUCGACGCCGUCCUGCAGAGCCAGCAGGCCAGCGCGGGGGCCCCGACGUGGUCCCUGGUUGAGGAGUUGACCGAGGCGCGCUCGGCCGAGCACCUCCGCCAGCCCGAGUUCUCGCAGCCGCUCGUGACGGCGCUGCAGCUGUGCCUCCUGGACGUGCUGGAUAGCUGGGGCGUCCGGCCCGAGAAGGUGGUGGGCCACUCGUCGGGCGAGAUCGCGGCUGCGUAUGCCGCGGGUUUGUUAGACCGCGCUAGCGCCAUCAAGGCCGCCUUCUACCGCGGCCGCGCUGCCGUCAACCGCUUCCACGAGGCCGAGAAGGACGUCGGCAUGCUGGCGGUCGGCCUCGGAGCCGAGGUCGCCCAAGAGUUCCUCGACAAUGGCGAGUACACGGGCAAGGCGUGGAUCGCGUGCUUCAACAGCCCCUCCAGCGUUACCAUCUCGGGCAAGAAGGCGGCCCUCGAGACCCUGCAGGAGGAGAUUAAGGCCGCCGGGCACUUUGCGCGCCUGCUGCAGGUCGACCUCGCCUAUCACUCGGCUCUUAUGGGUCCCAUUGGCGAGGAGUACGAGGAACUGCUCGGCGAGGACCCGGCCUUCGAGUCCCGCGAGACUGGCAGCAGCGUCGCCAUGUACUCCUCGGUGACGGGCGGUCUCAAGACGGGCUCUGCCGACGCCGCCUACUGGAAGGCAAACAUGGUGUCCCCCGUGCGCUUCGACGAGGCCCUCAAGGCCAUGCUCUCGGACCGCAACCCGCCGACGGUGCUGAUCGAGAUCGGCCCCUCGGGCGCGCUGGCGGGGCCCGUGUCGCAGGUCAUCAAGUCGCUCCCGGCUGCGUCCGGCGCUCAGGUCGUCUACUCCGCGGCAUGGUCCCGCGGCGCCGACGCGGUCAAGUCGCUGUUUGACGUCGCCGGGCGGCUGUUCAUCAGCGGCGCCGACAUCGACCUCGGCGUGGUCAACGGAUACGACCAAGGCGUGCGGACGGUUGUGGACCUGCCCAACUACGCGUGGAACCACACGGUCAAGUACUGGCACGAGAACGCGGCGAGCCGCGACUGGCGGUUCCGCAAGUACGUCGCACACGACCUGCUGGGAAGCAAGAUCCUCGGCACGCCGUGGCAGGCGCCCAUUUGGCGCAACCGGCUGAGCGCGGCCAACGUGCCGUGGCUGAUGGACCACAAGAUGGGCGGCGACGCCAUCAUGCCCGGCGCCGGUUUUGUGACCCUCGCGCUCGAGGCCUUGUGGCAGAAGCAUUGCGCCGUCGAGAAUCUCGAGGGCGUCGCUCCCAACGAUCUCUGCUACCGCUUCCGCAACCUCAAGUUCAGCCGGGCGCUGGUCAUCGAGGAGAACAAGGAUGUCAUGCUGACCGUGUCGCUCGCGCGGGUGCCUGGUGACAAGCACUGGCACGAGUUCCGCGCCUCGAGCACGCUGCCGGGUGAGGACCUUGUACGGGAGCACUGCUGGGGUCUCGCCCGGAUUCAGGACGCCAUCGAGGACGAGGUGGCCGAGGGGGCCGACGCCGCGCCGCUGCAGAGCCCCCAAGGGCCCAAGCUGUGGUACAAGGCCGAGCGUGAGAUCGGCAUGGACUUUGGACCGGCCUUCCAGCGGCUGCUACAGAUCGACGCCGUCAGCGGUCAGCGGUCGUGCCGCACCCUACUGUCGCUCGAGCCGCCGGCCUCCCGCUGGUCGCCGCAGUCGUACUAUCCGGUCCACCCGGCCGCCCUCGACGGCUGCCUGCAGACGCCCAUCCCCGGAAACGCCGAGGGCGAGCGCGGCAACGUCAAGGACGUCAUGAUUCCCGGCGUGAUCGACGACUUUGUCAUCAACAAGGUGCCCGCCCUCCUGACGACGGGCCGCUCCAUCGCCCACUCGACCUACUCGGGCCGCGGCCGCCGCGACCAGGACAAGAGCUGGAUCGCCGACACGACCGUCUACGACUCGGAGACGGGCCGGCUCGUCAUGCGCGUGCGGGGCCUUAACUAUCUCAAGCUGGACGUGCCGCCGCGCGCGGACCCGCACACCUUCGUCCGCGUCGAGUGGAAGCCCGACGUGACGCUCUUGUCGCAGGACCAGCUGCUGCACGCGGCCGGGCUCGACGGGCUGGUCGACCUCAUCGCGCACAAGACGCCCUCCCUCAGGGUGCUCGAGGUCAACCUGGACGCGGCCGACACCUCGAGCCUCUGGUUCCCGCCCGCUCCCACGCCGGCCUCUGCUGAGACUCGGUCGGCGUACGCGCGCUACGACUUUGCCUCGGCCGACGCGCGUGCCAUGGUCAACGUGCAGGAGCGGUACCAGGACCGGGCCCAGGCCUCUUUCUUGCUCAUCAGCCCGACCGAGACAGGGGAGGCGCUAGGCCUGCCCGCCGAUGCCGUGUACGACUUGGCCAUCAUCAAAGCGUCUGAGGAGACCAGCUCUGGGUUGUUGCGGGACUUUGUCGCCAACGUCCAACCGUUCCUCUCGGGCGCCGCCUCCACCCUGCUGGUCCGCCGCGGUGACGCAAAGAACAAUAUCAGCCACCACGGCGAGAUUGUAGACCGGUCCACGCCCAUCAUGACAUUGUCCACGGCGACGUCCAAGACGUCCUCCGAGUCGGGAGACUCGGGGCCGACGUCGCGCGUUCUGUCCCCGGUACGGGCUCCCGCCAGCUCGGCCAGCUCCAUUUCGGAUGCCGACGCCGAGCACGCCGUGAAGCUUCUUGGCUCGGGCGGAGGCUUUUGGAGCCGCGGUGUGGUGCAGCGGCUCGUGGACAAGGCCGGUGUCCCGGUUAGCUCGAUUCUAGAGGUGCCCACCGCCCACGACGACGGGACGCAGGCGUACCUCUGGCAACACGGGACCAAGCAAGCCGAGCUCGAGACCAAGCCCGGCAACCUGCUUGUUGCCCGCCUAUCCGAAACCGGCCCCUCUUCGCUCGGGUCGUCGAUCCAAACCGAGCUGCAACAAGCGGGCUGGAACGUGAAGCAGCAGGGGUUCCCCUUCUCGCAGCCCUCCAAGCAGGACGCGGACGUAGUGCUGGUGCUCGACGAGCUCGCCGGCCCGGUUCUCUCCAAGAUCAGCACGUCGCAGCAGUGGGACGCCGUCAAGGAGCUCGUCGGCUGCGGGGCACCCGUCGUUUGGGUGACGCAGGGCGCGCAGGGCCAGGCUGGGACCGGGCAGCGCGUCACGGAGCCCGAUAGAGCCAUGGUGCAGGGGCUCUUCCGCGUGGCGCGGCGCGAGGACGAGCUCGCGCGCCUCGUGACGCUCGACGUGCAGAGCGGCGUCGGCUCGGCCGACACAAGCCGGGCCAUUCGGCAGGUUCUGGAUGCUGUCCGGCGUGGUUCCGAGACCGGAGAGACCGAGUACAUGGAGCGCGGUGGCCUGCUGCAUGUGCAGCGUCUGGUGCCCGACCGGGCCGUCAAUGCCUUUAAGCGCGCCGAGGUCGAGGGCCUUGAGACGGUCUUGACCGACUUCCACGGCACACGGGCGCAGUUGCAGAUCCACGCCGAGAGAAUCGGCACGCUACAGAGCCUGAUGUGGUGUGAGACGGGCGUGUACGACGAGGACCCGCUCGAGGACGGCCAUAUCGAGGUUGAAAUUAUGGCUGUUGGCGUCAACUUCAAGGACGUCGCUACCACUAUGGGCAUUGUCCCCGAAGACGAGCACAUGAUCGGUUUCGAGUGUGCCGGUGUCGUGAAGAAACUCGGCAGUGGCGUCACACGUUUCCGCCAGGGAGAUCGCGUGUGCAUUCUGAAGCCUGGCAGCUAUGCAAACCGCGUGAGGGUCUCCGUCGAGCGGUGUCACGCGAUCCCGGAUACGAUGACGUUUGAGGAGGCGGCCACUAUACCGUCCGUCUACCUGUGCUCGUUGUACUCGCUCUACCAUAUGGCGAACUUGAAGGAGGGCCAGUCGGUGCUCAUCCACUCGGCCACCGGUGGCGUCGGCAUUGCCUGCAUCGAGCUUGCGCAGUAUAAGAAGGCUGAGAUUUAUGUCACCGUGGGCACCGAAGAGAAGCGGCAGUUCCUCGAGACUAACUACGGCAUCCGGCGCGACCACAUGUUCUCAUCCCGUAGCACCAAGUUUGCGGACGAGGUUAUGCGGCAUACCAACGGUCGCGGUGUGGACUGCGUGGUUAACUCGUUGAUCGGGGAGCUCCUGGAUGCGUCUUGGCGUAUUAUCGCCGAUGGAGGUACUAUGGUCGAGAUCGGUAAGCGCGAUAUUGUCGACCGCAACACGCUGGCUAUGGAACCAUUCGACCGUAACUGUUCGUUCCGCGCGGUCGACAUGUCCUUCACCAAGGAUAUCCACGACCAGCGCAUCGCCAGCCUGUUUGCAGAGCUCUUCGUGCUGAUCGACGGCGGACAUAUCAAGCCGAUCUUCCCUAUCACCACGUUCGGGUUUGACGACGUGCCAGCGGCGCUACAGUACAUCCGCAGCGGGCGCCAUCUUGGGAAGAUCGUUAUCUCAAACAAGGAAAAGGAGGACAUCCAGGUUGUCGCCCGCCCAGCCGUCCGUAAGCUACAGCUUCGGCCGGACGUGUCGUACCUUAUCGUCGGCGGCCUUAAGGGCGCAUGUGGUACGCUAGCCACCCACAUGGCCCGCCACGGGGCCAAGCACAUCGCUGUCAGUAGCCGGAGCGGCAUUGCCGACGAAGCCUCGGCGCGCAUCGUCCGUAACUGUGCCUUCUAUGGAUGCGCCGUGUCGGAAGCCAAGGGUGACGUCGGUGAUAUCGAGUCGGUCCGGCGCCUAUUCCAGACGGUCACCCCACGAGUCGGCGGUAUCGUCCAGGGUGCUAUGGUCCUGCGCGACCGGCCGCUCGAGAAUAUGACGUUCGACGACUACCGCACCGCCAUCCACGCCAAGGUCCAGGGCACAUGGAACCUGCACCUCGCGUCGCAGGAAGCCGGCCCCAAGCACGCGCUCGACUUCUUCACUAUGCUCUCGAGCACGUCAGGCAUCAUCGGUAACAAGGGCCAGGCCAACUACGCGGCGGCCAACACCUUCCUCGACGCCUUCGCGAGCUACCGGCGCGCGCUGGGCCUGCGGGCGCACACGGUCGACCUCGGCGUGAUCGAGGACGUCGGCUACGUGGCCGAGCAGGACGACGGGCUCGAGGUCCGCUUCGACAAGCGGCAGUGGACGCCCAUCGGCGAGACGAUGCUGCGGCGCAUCCUGACGCACUCGGUCCUGCAGCAGACGCCCGACGACGAGCCCAUCAACCCGCUGAGCGCGGCGCAGAUGAUCACGGGCGUGGCGGUCCCGCUCCAGCGCGCCGACGCGAGCGCCGACCUCACGCGCGAGCCGCGCUUCGCGUACCUGUUUGCGAGCAACGGCGAGGACGCCGGCGACGGCGCGGCGGACGAGGGCGGCAGCGACGCGGCGGACCAGGCGGUGCGCGCGCUCAAGACGAUGCACAAGUCGGGCGCCGAGGGGCCCGCAUUGGUGCAGGCGUGCGUCGACGCGCUGGCGGCGCAGUUCGUCAAGAUCCUACGGCUCGAGUCCGAGGUCGAGCCGGGGCGGCCGCUCAUGGCGUACGGGCUCGACUCACUGUCGGCGGUCGAGCUGCGGAACUGGAUUCGCACCAAGCUGGCGGUCGAGCUCACGACGCUGGAUAUCACGAAUGCGAGCUCGCUGAUUGCGCUGGGUGAGAAAGUCGUGGGGAAGUUGCCGGAGCCCAAGGGGGCGGCGAAAUAGAGGAGUU